CCGGGAACCGAGCUCAGUGUGACCCCCCUCCCUGCAACCCCAGCCCAGCAUCAAGAUGAUGUGCGAGGUGAUGCCAACAAUCAACGAGUCUGAAAUGCCCCCUGGAGGAAACGGGGGUCAUGGAUCAGGCUCCCCUUUACAGACAGACUCAGAUUCUCAUUUUGAGCAGCUAAUGGUAUCUAUGUUGGAGGAAAGAGACAGAUUGCUGGAUACUCUACGAGAAACCCAGGAAACGCUUGCAUUAAGUCAAGGAAAACUGCAGGAAGUAGGCCAUGAACGGGACUCUUUGCAGAGACAGCUUAACACCGCCUUACCACAGGAGUUUGCAGCACUUACAAAAGAGCUAAAUAUUUGCCGAGAGCAACUUCUUGAGAGGGAAGAGGAAAUUGCUGAGCUGAAGGCAGAAAGGAAUAAUACUCGAUUACUUUUAGAACAUUUGGAAUGUUUGGUUUCUCGACAUGAAAGAUCUCUCCGGAUGACAGUGGUGAAGAGACAAGCUCAGUCUCCAGCAGGUGUUUCCAGCGAAGUUGAAGUCCUGAAAGCACUAAAGUCCCUGUUUGAACAUCACAAGGCUUUGGAUGAAAAGGUGCGAGAGCGGUUGCGGAUAGCGCUCGAGAGAUGCAGCUUAUUAGAGGAAGAACUUGCUCGUACCCACAAAGAUUUGAUGUUUGCAAGAGAACAGAUCAUUCAAAGGAAAAUACACAGUGAUGGGACAGUGGAUUGUAACCAUGAUAAUGAAAAUGAACUUAACAGCAAUGGGAAGCGAUCCUCUGAUGGCUCUUUAAGUCACGAAGAGGAUUUGUCUAAAGUAUUGGAGUUGCAAGAUGUCAUAGAGAAGCAAACCAAUGAGCAAAGUCAAAUGAAGGAACGUCUAGCGGUACUUUCUAACCGGGUGGCGGAGCUAGAGGAAGAUCUAGACACUGCAAGAAAAGAUCUGAUUAAAUCAGAAGAAGUCAACACAAAGCUACAACGUGAUGUAAGAGAGGCUAUGGCCCAGAAGGAAGACAUGGAGGAAAGAAUAACAACACUUGAAAAACGCUACCUCGCAGCACAGCGUGAAGCCACAUCUGUACAUGACCUCAAUGAUAAACUUGAAAAUGAAAUAGCUAAUAAAGAAUCCAUUCUCAGACAGAGCGAAGACAAGAACCGUCAGAUCCAGGAGCGCCUUGAGCUAGCAGAGCAGAAGCUGCAGCAGACAUUGAGGAAAGCUGAAACACUGCCAGAGGUGGAAGCAGAGCUGGCACAGCGUGUUGCUGCUCUUUCCAAGGCAGAGGAGAGGCACGGCAAUAUAGAGGAACGGCUACGCCAGAUGGAAUCUCAACUAGAAGAGAAGAACCAAGAGCUGCUGCGGGCCCGACAGAGGGAGAAAAUGAAUGAAGAACACAAUAAGCGCCUUUCUGACACAGUGGACAAACUUCUGUCUGAGUCUAACGAGAGGCUUCAGCUUCACCUGAAGGAGAGAAUGGCGUCACUGGAAGACAAAAAUUCUCUUAUUCGUGAAGUGGAAUCUGCCAAGAAACUUAUUGAUGAAAUCCAGCAUGAAAAGGAACAGCUGCUCAUUGAGAUAGAGAGCAUGAGGUCUGAAACCGAGCAGGUCAGAAUACGAGCUGCAACCCUUCAUCACAGGCCUCACCUUGGAAGUGUACCAGACUUCAGAUACGCUCUCGCUCCAUCUUCAUUGUCUGAUAACCACUCAGAUUCCUACAGCUCCUCGAUGGUUCUCAGAAGGCCCCAGAAAGGACGUCUGGCAGCCUUGCGAGAUGAGCCUUCUAAGGUGCAGACUUUAAAUGAGCAAGACUGGGAGCGUGCUCAGCAGGCGAGUGUCUUGGCAAACGUGGCCCAAGCCUUUGAGAGUGACGUGGAUAUUUCUGAUGUGGAGGACGACCGAGACACUAUCUUCAGCUCUGUGGAUUUACUUUCUCCGUGUGGCCAGACUGAUGCUCAGACACUCGCUGUGAUGUUGCAGGAACAGUUGGAUGCAAUCAAUAAAGAAAUCCGACUAAUACAGGAAGAGAAGGAGACCACAGAGCAGCGAGCAGAGGAGAUUGAGUCCCGGGUUGGCAGUGGCAGUUUAGACAAUCUUGGUCACUUCAGGUCCAUGACUUCGAUUCCCCCAUCAUUUGCUGGAUCCUCUCCUCCUGGAAGUGGACGCUCAACUCCAAGACGAAUUCCCCAUAGUCCUGCACGGGAAGUGGACAGACUUGGAGUUAUGACCCUGCCAUCAACAUCAGAUUCAGUUCACAGUCAAUGUGUUGUCAAUUCGUCCAGCUCCCCUUUCAACAGUACCCCUUACUGCCCUGACAUCUCCCAGCUGCCCCAGCCUAGCGAUUUAAGGAAGUAUCGUAGAAAGCCUCCAGGUACGAGAGACGAGAAUCGCGAUGACAAGGCUACAAUCAGAUGUGAAACUUCCCCUCCCGCCUCACCCAGGUCUUUUAGGCUAAACUCUUCCCAUAAAGGCGCCUUGCACACCAUGAGCCAUGAAGAUAUUCGGGACAUCAGAAAUUCCACUGGCUCCCAGGAUGGACAGGUCAGUAAUCCCAGCAGCAGUAACAGCAGCCAAGACUCUCUCAACAAAGCACCGAAGAAAAAAGGAAUUAAGUCCUCUAUUGGCCGGCUCUUUGGUAAAAAAGAAAAGGGUCGACCAGGACAAAUGGGGAAAGACUCCCUUGGCUCUGGAGGAAUUCCAGAAUCGGAAAAUACUUCACAGGAAUCCCUGGGCCUAACAAAGUUUGGGGGACAAACUGAGAAAAACCGGAAGCUUCAGAAAAAGCAUGAACUCUUGGAGGAGGCCCGCCGACUAGGACUGCCGUUUGCCCAGUGGGAUGGCCCUACAGUGGUAGUUUGGUUGGAGCUCUGGGUUGGAAUGCCCGCCUGGUACGUAGCAGCAUGCAGAGCCAAUGUGAAGAGCGGAGCCAUAAUGUCAGCCCUCUCAGACACGGAGAUCCAAAGGGAGAUUGGAAUUAGUAACCCAUUGCACAGACUAAAGCUGCGACUAGCCAUUCAGGAAAUAAUGUCCUUAACUAGCCCGUCUGCUCCCCCAACCUCUAGAACGUCCACUGGAAAUGUCUGGGUAACUCACGAAGAGAUGGAAACUCUUACAGCCUCUCCACAAACGGACGAUGAGGAGGGGAGCUGGGCUGAGACAUUAGCCUACGGUGAUAUGAAUCACGAGUGGAUUGGAAAUGAGUGGCUCCCCAGCCUUGGGCUGCCACAGUAUCGCAGUUAUUUCAUGGAGUGCCUUGUUGAUGCCAGGAUGCUUGAUCAUUUGACGAAGAAAGAUCUUCGGGGGCAGCUUAAAAUGGUCGAUAGUUUUCACAGGAACAGCUUCCAGUGUGGAAUUAUGUGCUUGCGAAGGCUCAACUAUGACCGGAAAGAGCUGGAGAAGAAGAGAGAAGAAAGUCAAAAUGACAUAAAAGAUGUUCUGGUGUGGAGCAAUGAUCGGAUAAUCCACUGGGUGUUAUCCAUUGGGCUCAAAGAAUAUGCAAACAAUCUUCUAGAGAGCGGGGUUCAUGGUGCUCUGGUUGCCUUAGAUGAGACGUUUGACCACAAUACGUUGGCUUUAUUAUUACAGAUACCCACUCAAAAUACACAGGCACGUACAAUGUUGGAGCGUGAAUUUAACAACCUUCUCAUUAGAGGUACAGACAGAAGAUUUGAUGAAGAUGAUGAUAAAAGUUUUAGACGAGCCCCGUCUUGGAGGAAGAAAUUCCGACCAAAGGACGUACGAGGGUUUAGUGCAGGCUCUUCAGAGACUCUCCCUGCCAACUUCAGAGUCAACUCCUCGAUGUCUUCACCUUCUAUGCAGCCAAAGAAAAUGCAGAUGGAUGUUUACCCACAUUACUUCUACAGAUGAUUAUGCAACAGCUGAAUCGGGUUUAAAUUCCACAAUUCCAGAUCUGAGAGAUUUAUCCGUGCGUAACAGAGCUGAUCAGACACUUUGAAAUAUUUUUAAUACAGAGUUUUUAAUUAGCGAGUAAAUUGAUAGUUGAAAACAAAGAUUUUUAGAAAUUUACUGUUUAUGUAAACCUCUGACACUUUACAUAGAUCAUUUUUCCAUGUAUAUUUAGUUGUGUUUUUUUUGUUUUGUUUUUUUUUUUGUCUCUUCGUUGAACUUUAUUUUUGUGGAUUUUUUUUUUCUUUUUGAAUGUACUGUAACUCCAUUUUAAGGCCCUUGCUCAUCACCAAGGGGGGCUUUGUAAAUGUUUCUAGUAUUGUAAUUUAUGGACAUAUUUCAUAAUGAACCUGAGAAAUCAAGGUGUUUUUUUUUUUUAUUAUAUUUGUACAGUCUUAGAACACCAAUAAAUAAAGAAUCUUGUCGCAGGAAUAAACUGGUACAAAACUGUAAGGAUUCCCAACCUUUAGUCUUUAAACAAUCCUUAGAAUGCAUUUACGGAGUCUGGAACCAGCUGGACCAUCUCCCUACCAUUUUUAAAACUGGCUCCAUUUGGGUGGUGUACAUACGGUAUAUUUAUAAUUUCUGAGAUGAUUAACGUUUGUACUAUUCCAGUCUAAUGUUAUGUCCUGUUCUAACAAAGAAAAGAAAGCCAUAAACCCAGCAAGUUAUUGAUCGUUUCUUUAAAACGGUUUAUUAGCUACACUGCCUAGUCUAUAGCACGUUAUACAGUAUAUUGAUGGUCUGUGAUGCAGUGUACUUUGGUAAGGACCAAUCCCAAAUCUCCUGGUUUACCAUGGAGAAUGUCACAGUGCAACCCAUUUUUUUAUUGAAUGAAACACUUAAAAUCCUUUUUAACUAGUGUGGUGCCAAAACCACACCUAUUCUACAAUUUCGUACCUAAGCAAACACCUAUAAAAAUGUUCAACAUAAAAAAAGGGGGAAAGAGCACAACAUAAUGAAAUAAGUACUUUAAAACAACAAGAAACUUCAUUUAAAAUGCAAAACAGGCACAAGUGCAAAAAUGGUAUGUUAGAAUAGGUGUACAUAAUGGCUAACUAUUGCCAAGAUGGCUUAGGUGUUAACCGUAUUUAAUGUAGACCUCAAAACUCAAGAAGAUAAUUGUCAUUCCUGUACAGAGCAUUUGAGAUAUGUCUGGAUAAGGAAACCUACUCGAUGCAUACGGCAAUAUAAGUGUUUUACGUUCUCUUACCCUACUAAAAGUUAGUGUGUUAAAUGUAACCCAUAUAUAUUUAAAUAUGACUGUGUAUAGAUGUAAGCCAAGCCUUGUUGACAAUCUACUAUAUUUUCUGUAUUGACCAAUUUAUAAAUUUAGUUGUUUUUUGUUUUUGUUUUUUUAAACAAGCCUGUUUUGCGU